AUGGCCGCAGAUCGUCUAAGCUCGCUCCUGAGCCACCUCAAGCCUGGCUCCGCCACUGGUCUCGCUGCUAUUACACAGAAGAACCCCGACGAUGUGGUUAUCACACUCGCCGUCCGUACACCGUUGACCAAAGCACGCAAGGGUGGACUCAAGGACUCCGAACUGGACUACGUUCUCUACGCCCUGCUGAAGCAGACUCUGGCCAAGUCCCAGAUUGACCCUGCUCUGGUUGAGGAUGUUUGCCUCGGUAACGUCAACGAAGCCAAGGCCGCCUACAUGGUCCGCGCCGCCUCCCUGGCCGCCGGCAUCCCCCACACAGCCGGCGCCUCAUCAGUCAACCGCUUCUGUUCAUCCGGCCUCAAGGCCGUCCAGGACAUCGCCGCCCAGAUCCAGCUCGGCUCCAUCGACAUCGGUAUCGCCAUGGGCGCCGAGCUGAUGUCCGCCCCCAACGACCGCCUCGACCGUCCCUUCAACGAAGAGGUCCUCCGCAACCAGGAGGCCGCCGACUGCAUGCAGCCCAUGGGCCAGACGUCUGAGAACGUCGGCAAGGACUUCAACAUCUCCCGCGAAGAGCAGGACCGAUACGCCGCUGAGUCUUUCCGUCGCGCCGAGGCCGCGCAGAACAACGGCUGGUUCGACGAUGAGAUUGCGCCCAUCACCGCCAAGGUCAAGGAUCCCAAGACCGGCGAGGUGAAGGAGGUUCUUCUCACCCGUGACGAUGGUAUUCGUCCCGGUACGACUUUCGAGUCCCUUUCUAAGAUCCGUCCUGCCUUCCCCCAGUUCGGUGAUAGGUCUACCGGUGGCAACUCCAGCCAGGUCACUGAUGGUGCUGCUGCUGUUCUGCUCAUGCGUCGCUCCAAGGCUAUUGAGCUGAACCAGCCUAUUCUGGCUAAGUUCUGUGGCGCUACCGUUGCCGGUGUUCCUCCCCGUGUCAUGGGUAUUGGCCCAACUGCUGCUAUUCCCAAGCUGCUGAGCAAGUUCCAGCUUGAUAAGAGCCAGAUUGAUAUCUUUGAGAUUAAUGAGGCUUUCGCUUCUAUGGCUGUCUACUGUGUGCAGAAUCUUGGUCUGGAUCAUGCUAAGGUCAACCCCCGUGGUGGUGCUAUUGCUCUUGGUCACCCACUCGGCGCUACUGGUGCGCGUCAAAUCGCUACCAUUCUGAGUGAGGCUCGCCGCACAAAGAGCAAGAUUCUGGUUACUUCCAUGUGCAUUGGUACUGGACAGGGUAUGGCUGGUCUGUUUGUCAACGAGCAGGUGUAA